AUGAUUGCCGACGCGGUUAGCUUCGUCGAAUUGCAGACGCUCCAACACCCCAUUCGCACCGUCCUCGUUGUGCCCGUCCUCAUUCUGCUAGUCUACGUCAUCUCCCAGGAAUUCGUCCGACUACGAGCCCAAAUACCAGGCUUCGCAGGCCCCACCGGUCUACCCAUCAUCGGCAACAUCCAUCACAUCCGCGUUAAUGCGGCCGAGCAGUACCGUCUAUGGAGCAAGCAGUUCGGGCCGGUAUACCAGAUCCAGCUGGGGAACGUGCCAGUCAUUGUGGUCAACAGCGCCGCCGCAGCUCGUGACCUGUUUGGCAAGAACAGCCAGGCAUUGUCAAGCCGCCCCGUCUUCCACACCUUCCACAAGGUCGUCAGCAAUACGGCCGGCACCACCAUCGGGACCAGCCCUUUCAAUGAGAGCCUGAAGCGUCGGCGCAAGGGCGCGGCCUCGGCCCUCAACAAGCCCAGCAUCGCCACCUACAUCGACCACCUGGACCGCGAGACGCGCGACUUCGUCAAGGAAGGACUCGAAUACGGCUCCGGCGGUGCGGCUGGCGUGGACCCCAUGCCCAUGAUACAGCGGCUGUCGCUGUCGCUGUCGCUGACGCUCAACUGGGGCACACGGCUGGGCUCGCGCGACGACCCCAUGUUCGCCGAGAUCACCGAGGUCGAGGAGGACAUCUCGCGCUUCCGCAGCACGACGGGCAACUUGCAGGACUACAUCCCGCUGCUGCGCCUCAACCCGUUCGACCGCUGGGCCAAGACGCGCAGCAAGGAGGUGCGCAACCGCCGCGACGUGUACCUCAACCGCCUCAACACCAACCUGGACGCGCGCAUGGCCGCCGGCACCCACAAGCCGUGCAUCCAGGCCAACGUCAUCCUCGACAAGGAAGCCUCGCUCAACAAGGAGGAGCUGACGUCCAUCUCUCUGACCAUGCUCUCGGGCGGCCUCGACACCAUCACCACCCUCGUCCAGUGGAGCGUCGGCCUACUGGCACAACGCCCGGACAUCCAGCGCAAGGCCAUCUCCGAGAUCCGCAAGGUGUACCCCGCAGACGCGGACCCGCUGUGCGACGCCCAGGACGAGGGCAAGGUCGAGUACGUCGCGGCGCUGGUGCGCGAGUGUCUGCGCUAUUUCUGCGUCCUGCGCCUGGCGUUGCCGCGCACCACGAUCAAAGACGUCUACUAUGAGGGCAAGCUGAUCCCGGCCGGCACCACCAUCUUCCUGAACGCGUGGGCGUGCAACAUGGACCCAGACAUCUGGCACGACCCCACCACCUUCCGGCCCGAACGCUGGCUCGACCAACCCGACGCCCCGCUCUUCACCUACGGCCUCGGCUACCGCAUGUGCGCCGGCUCGCUCCUCGCCAACCGCGAGCUCUACCUCAUCUUCCUGCGCACCCUCAACUGCUUCGAGAUCCUGCCUUGCGUCCCCGCCCCGUCCUCGUCUGAGAAGUCGCGUGCGGAUGGCCGUGAUGACGAUGUCGUGUACGAUCCGCACGGCCACCCGGUUCCGUGGGCGAAGGAUGUCGAUAUGGAUCCCGUCUCCGGGAGCGCCGAUCCGACGAGUUUGGUCACGAUGAGCAGGCAUUUUAAGGUUGUGUUUAGGCCGAGGGAUACGGAGAGGUUGGGGAAGGCGAUUGAGAGGAAUGUGGAGCUGAAGGGGUCGGGGGAUUGA